UUUGCAGUGUAGGCAGAGAAGUGUGGAGCCCCUGAGGCGGCUGUGAGCUGGGGCUGGGGAUGCCAGGGCUGAUGCGGAGGCAGCUGGGAAGGUGGCGCCGCACUUGGGUCGCUGGAGCCACCGUUGUUCCUAGGAGACCGGGGAGAAGCAAGCCUGCGGGGGAGGGGGAGCAAGUGGGUUGCUGCUUUUAGCAGCUGAACGGGCUGCAGGGAGCUCUGGGUAAGACAUUUUCUGCUGCCGCUUCUGCAGUGGAAGCUGCCGCGAGUAAGUCAGAGGAACGGGAAUCGCGAGGGAGGAGGCUUCAUUUGCAGCCAUGCUGAAUCACUGUUGCUGAUCAGAUUUCCCGUUGGUCUGCCGGGAAAACCAGGAACAGAGCUGCAAUCCCCUGUACAGGCACAAUCCCAUGGCUGCCACGCCAGCCGGGUCUCGCACAAUGGAGGGCGAAAGCGUCAAGCCAGGCUCCCAGCCCCCGGUGCAGGCUGGCGAGGAAAAGACCCAGAGGACCACCACUGUCAACCCUGCCCACAUGGGGAAGGCAUUCAAGGUUAUGAAUGAACUGCGGAGUAAGCAGCUGUUGUGUGACGUGAUGAUUGUGGCAGAAGAUGUCGAGAUAGAAGCCCACCGUGUGGUCCUGGCAGCCUGCAGCCCCUACUUCUGUGCGAUGUUCACAGGUGACAUGUCUGAGAGUAAAGCGAAGAAGAUUGAAAUCAAGGAUGUGGAUGGGCAGACACUCAGUAAGCUGAUCGACUAUAUCUAUACUGCUGAAAUCGAGGUGACCGAAGAUAACGUCCAGGUGCUGCUCCCAGCAGCCAGCUUGCUGCAACUCAUGGACGUUCGGCAGAACUGCUGUGACUUCCUGCAGUCUCAGCUGCAUCCCACCAAUUGCCUGGGCAUUCGUGCAUUUGCCGAUGUGCACACCUGCACUGACCUUCUGCAGCAGGCCAAUGCGUAUGCAGAGCAGCACUUUCCAGAGGUGAUGCUGGGGGAAGAAUUUCUCAGCCUAAGUCUGGACCAGGUGUGCAGCUUGAUAUCCAGCGACAAGCUGACCGUGUCUUCGGAAGAGAAGGUGUUUGAGGCUGUGAUUUCGUGGAUCAAUUAUGAAAAAGAGACUCGUUUAGAGCACAUGGCCAAGCUGAUGGAGCAUGUACGACUGCCUCUCUUACCGAGGGAUUAUCUGGUCCAGACCGUGGAGGAAGAAGCUUUGAUAAAGAAUAAUAACACCUGUAAGGACUUCCUCAUUGAGGCCAUGAAAUACCAUCUGCUCCCUCUGGACCAAAGGCUCUUGAUUAAGAACCCAAGGACCAAGCCCAGGACUCCUGUCAGCCUACCCAAGGUCAUGAUUGUGGUUGGCGGCCAGGCACCCAAGGCAAUUCGUAGCGUGGAGUGCUAUGAUUUCGAAGAGGACCGCUGGGAUCAGAUAGCUGAGCUUCCAUCCAGGAGAUGCAGAGCAGGUGUGGUGUUCAUGGCUGGCCAUGUGUAUGCAGUGGGCGGGUUUAAUGGCUCACUGCGAGUGCGGACUGUGGAUGUGUAUGAUGGUGUGAAGGACCAGUGGACGUCCAUUGCCAGCAUGCAGGAGCGCCGGAGCACGCUGGGUGCAGCAGUCCUCAACGACCUGCUCUACGCCGUAGGGGGCUUUGACGGCAGCACUGGCCUGGCGUCAGUGGAAGCCUACAGCUACAAGACCAACGAGUGGUUCUUUGUGGCCCCAAUGAAUACACGGCGGAGCAGUGUGGGUGUGGGCGUAGUGGAAGGGAAGCUGUAUGCUGUCGGGGGUUAUGACGGGGCAUCCCGCCAGUGCCUGAGUACCGUGGAGCAGUACAACCCAGCGACCAACGAGUGGAUCUACGUAGCGGACAUGAGCACUCGCCGCAGUGGUGCAGGAGUUGGGGUGCUCAGCGGACAACUCUAUGCUACAGGUGGGCACGACGGGCCCCUAGUGAGGAAGAGUGUUGAGGUUUACGAUCCUGGAACAAACACCUGGAAGCAGGUGGCAGACAUGAACAUGUGCCGGCGCAAUGCAGGAGUCUGUGCAGUCAACGGGCUGCUGUAUGUGGUCGGCGGGGAUGACGGCUCCUGCAACUUGGCCUCAGUGGAGUACUACAACCCAGUCACCGACAAAUGGACACUACUGCCCACCAACAUGAGCACAGGGCGCAGCUAUGCAGGUGUUGCUGUGAUUCACAAGUCCUUGUGACCCAAAUUCCCACUGCCAGGAGGUGGAGGAAGGAGCGGCUGCUUCCUGUGACUC